GCACAAGCCUUUGUUGUCAUCUCCGGCACAAGCCUUUUCAAUCAUCGUUGCGAAAAAUGUUCAACGUCUUUUGUUUUUGCCUCGUUUUCUUUGUCAUUGCUUACCAGUCAGCGGGCGAAAACACUAAAGUUGAUGUUCUCAUUUUGGGGGCUGGUAUCUCUGGAAUAUCGGCGGCAAAUUACUUCAAUAACAACGGCAACAAAAACUUUUUGGUGCUUGAAGCACAGGACUACAUAGGGGGAAGAUUGAAGAACCGCACUGUUGGCAAUUCGACGGUUAGUGAGGGUGCAAAUUGGAUAUCAUUCGUCGAAGAAGGUGAUAAAAAUCCUAUUCUGAAACUCGCGGAUAUACUGAAGCUCACCAGAUAUCAAAGCGACUAUAACGAUAUUGCUGUCAGAAACGCGAUAGACAACGAUACAAACUUCAAAGCAGUAAUGGCGGAACUGGACGCAGCCGCCGAAAAGGUAAAAAAGGACAAAGAGAAAAUUUUGCUUCAUCAUGAUCUUCCUCUUAGUUCGUCUUUGGCAGACGCGGGCUGGAUAGCUGAUACUCCCUUGAAAAGUGCGAUUGAAUGGUUUUAUUACGACUACGAGAACGCUAUAAGUGCUAAAUUAACGUCUACGCGAAGUUUCACACAAUCUAAUGGAGGUGAAAUUAUUGAUUCCGUUGUCACAGAUCGACGGGGUUAUGCGUUGAUAGUCCAAUACCUAGCAAAGAACUUUACAGAUAAAAUUCGAACAGGUCAAGCGGUGAGAGGAAUUAACUAUACUAAUAAUGGCGUAGCCGUUCAGACAAACGAUGGUUCUGUGUUCACGGCUAAAUAUGCUUUGUGCACUUUCAGUACAGGCGUUUUAGCGGAUCGUAAGUUUGUAAACUUUGUUCCUGAACUCCCUUCCUGGAAACGAAGAGCUAUAAACAAUAUCCCGAUGGGUUAUUUUACUUUUGUUAUCGUUCGUUUUGAGCACGUGUUUUGGGAGGACAAUGAAUAUUUACUUGACGCGGGACGUAUCCGUGCAAAGUUUCCCGUCAUUUUCAACCGAAACAAGCGAGGAAUCCAGCCUGGAUCUAAUCUUUUUAUGUUUGUUGCUACGGGAGACGAUGCCGUGCGCACUGAAAUGCAACCUCAAAAUACAACUGUGCAAGAGGUGAUGGAGACAUUGAAAGGAAUGUAUCCGGACGUAAAUAUCCCUUAUCCCACAGACGUAGUUGUAUCAAAAUGGGUGACAAAUGAGUACGUACGUGGAUCCUACAGCAAUCCUGUCGUAGGAAGUACAAAAGCGGACUUCCAACAUUUGGCAGGGAGAGUUGGCAACCUAUUUUUUUCAGGCGAGGCAACCUCGGAAAAAUACUUCGGUUUUCUACAAGGUGGCUACGUGACCGGCCUGGCACAAGCUAAGGCAAUCCUCAGUUGCCUCCACGAUAAAGAAUGUGCUUCAUAA